UCUCCAUCCUUACCCCGGCCGGUCCCCACGCUUCGGGUAAGAUUGAGGAGCGGCGCACGGGCGAUGCAUCACCGGCGGAGCAGCGGCGCACGGGAGCGAGCACCGAGGGGAUGAAGUCGCGGCCGCCCACCUCCCCGGGCUGCUCGCCCACCUCCCCGGGCACGGAGGACGGAGACCGGGACCGCGACGGUCCGGUGGCGGAGCCGCACCUGACGCCCGACUCCACCUGCGGCUGCCGCAGGCGGAGCCGGGGGGCGCGUCCCCGCGGCGGGGGUGGGGCCGGGGCCGGGGGCGCGCGCCGCCGACGCCCCGCCCCCCCUCCCCGCCGGCACGCGCCCAGCGCCCGCGAGCGCAACCGGCGCCGCAUCGAGAGCAACGAGCGCGAGCGCCAGCGCAUGCACAACCUGAACCGCGCCUUCCAGGCGCUGCGCGAGGCCGUGCCGCACGUGGAGGCGGACCGCAAGCUCUCCAAGAUCGAGACCCUCACCCUGGCCAAGAACUACAUCGAGUCGCUCACCUCCACCAUCCUGGGCAUGAGCAAGGAGCAGCCGCCGCCGCCGCCGCCGCCGCCGCCGCCGCGCCUUCCCGCCCGCCUGGCGCAGCCCCCACCCGCUCCGCCGCGCCCUCCCGCCCGCCAGGGGGAGCCCCGACCCGCCCUAUCGCGCCCUCCCGCCCGCCAGGGGGAGCCCCGACCCGCUCCGGCGCCGCCUUCCCGCCAAGGACGAGUGCACCGCGGCGUCAAGGAUGAGGAGGAGGAGGAGGAGGAGGACGACCCGUCCCGACGCCUCACCUUGCUCCAUUGA